UGUGGAUCAUAAUAAAUAAGCAAAGCACUCUGGGUGCAGCGAGCGCUUUGCCUUUAAGCAGUUUCGAUUGGGGGAGUGUGGGCGAUUGCAACCUGAAGCGGCGCUGAGCUGAGCUGAGCGGGGUGGUGGUGGUGGUGUUUGCGAGCGGGGCUGCAGUGCAGCGACGGCCAGGGACGGACAGGGUGGAAGGCGGCCCGGGCAACGUUCUAGCAACAUACGCAGCGCAGAAACUUUGCAUUUGUUUCCCCUCUUCCAAUGGAACCCAUCACGAAGUGGACGCCGAUGCAAGUGGUGGAGUGGAUUAAAGGCUUGGAUGAUUACUUGCAGUGCUACAUUCACAGCUUCGAACGCGAGAAAAUAAAUGGUGAGCAACUUCUCCAGAUUACCCAUCAGGAUCUUGAAGAAUUAGGAGUUACACGUAUUGGUCACCAGGAACUAAUCCUGGAGGCUGUGGAUCUACUUUGUGCUUUGAAUUUUGGAUUGGAAUCCGAAAACAUGAAGAACUUGGCCCUCAAAUUGCGAAUUGCAACCAAUGGUCUCCAGAAGUUUAUCAGCGUCAGAAGAAAAGGUUCUGCAUACGAUGGUGCAAUUUCUCACAAACCUCCCAAUGACUUCCUUACCUCAGUUGUGGACCUCAUUGCUGUCGCAAAGGCUUUGUUAGCCUGGUUGGACAGAUCACCAUUUACAGGAAUCAGUGAUUACUCAAUGAUGAAAAACAAGAUUAUACAGCUGUGUUUGGAUCUAACAACAACGGUUCAACAGGACUCCACUGUGUUUGAAAUGGAAGAUCGUGUUAUUAGCGUCUGUAAAGUUCUCCAUGGUAUUUGUGAUCAGACUAUUAGAUCAACAUCUGAUCCUUUAUUAAGCCAGAGUGCUUGUCUAGAGGUGGUUCAGUUGGUGAACAUCAAACCAAGUGAUGGACUGGGCAUGUAUAUUAAAUCAACGUAUGACGGACUACACAUUGUCACUGGUACAACUGAAAAUUCGCCUGCAGAUAGAUCACGAAAGAUCCACGCUGGUGAUGAAGUGAUCCAGGUUAAUCAGCAGACUGUUGUUGGGUGGCAGCUGAAAAAUCUUGUUGGCAAACUUCGUGAGGACCCUGCAGGUGUGUUGCUUUUGUUGAAGAAAAGGCCAGCAAACACAUGCAACUUGACUCCAGCUCCUCUGAAGAACAUGCGUUGGAAGCCACCAGCUGUGCAGACCAGCCCUCCUCAGACUGCAACUCCAUCCACAGCCAGCACCAUGGAGAUGACUCAAAAGAAGGACAAGCCUGCCAUUAAGGAUUUGUACAUCCCACCACCACCGGUUGUUCCAUACACUCCACGGAAUGACCAAGGGGACCUUGAUUAUGAAGAGGUCAGCAAACAUGGAUCGAUCAGGCCAGUACCCAAGGGGUCAGAGUCGCCCAACUCUUUCCUCGAUCAGGAAUUCCAGAGACGGCGGUUUACCAUUGCAGAUUAUGAUCAGUUGCCUCCAUAUGCAUUUGAAGUGCCAAUGCCCACAAGAAUACGAGACAAAACACGCUUAUAUGGAAGACCUCGACCCUUGUCAAUGCCUGUGGGUCGGAGCUGGAUGGGAGGAGUUGACGUUUGUCCAAGGCCCCGAGUUCAAGGAAGGCAAGAUGAGGAUUGCUUCUAUAGGUACUUCAGCAAUGAUAGAAUUCCACCAAUUAAGGAAGAUUAUGUUCCACCAAUUAAGGAAGAUUAUGUUGCCUCGCCGAUUUCUGGACCAAUGGCUAGCAUGUACUCUGGAAGAGCUAGGAGUGGGAAAGAAUCUGUUAGCCCUGAACAUCUCACCAGAAUGACAUUCCCUGUUCAGCAAGAUGGGCCCAAGCAAACAUGCAGUUCACCUAGAAAAAACUCACCAGAACACUCGUCAUCGGUCAGUUGGAUUACAAGAUUUAAACUAUUAAGUCAGUGAACGUUUUCCCGCUGGAGUCAUUUCAAAUUGGGCCCGAGGGCAGCAUACUAAGCUACACAUUUCAUGUAAAAAUUGAGAAAGAUAUAGAAGUACUUUAUGUAAUUUUGCAUUACAACCAAAAAUUCAUUUGAAUGGUGCCUUAUCUACUAUGCAAAUGGUGGCAAAUGCAGCCUAGUUUUCAUUAUUUGUUCCAAGUUUGAAUCACCCAGUAAUAUAGUACGAUAGAAUAAAUACUUGGUACAUCUUGGUACCUACCGUAAGCAAGGUUUGUAAGUGUAUUUGAGUACAGAACGAGUGCAUUGAGCAGCGUAAAAAGCUUUGUGUCAAAACUAAUUUAGGUUGAGAGUAAGGAAUUUAAUGGUACUUUAUGGAUGUAUAUACAUUCUUGAAGGUGGAAUUUAAAAUGCGUUUGUUAUGCAGAUUGCUAACUGAACAACAGAGGAGUGCAUGUGGAAUUUUAGGGUGGAUUUUGAUGCAAUUCACUGGUCAAGCAACCCAUUCUCUGUACUUUGUUGCAUUCAUGGGACCCAUGCACAUUUAACUGCCUUCCUGAGGUUGGGUCUGUCUGUGGAAAGUUACUGUACACCCAUUUAAAAGCUGGCAUAAAGGAUAGGAAUCAUGCAACAGUUAAGGGCCUGUCCCACUGUACGAGGUAAUUCAAGAGUUCUCCCGAGUUUCCCCUGAUUCGAACUCAGAGAAUUACGGUAAUAGCCGCUCGUAGGUACUCGGGGCUCUCGUGGACAUUUUUCAACAUGUUGAAAAAACUUCACGAGCUUACCCCGUUUCCCGAGUACCUGCCGUUAGCGUAACGAGCCGCUAGGAGACGUCCCGAGCUCCAACAUAGCCGCUACGUACAUUCUACGUGCUUACCACGAGGUAGUUUUUUUUUUAAACUCGGGAGAACUCUUGAAUUAAUUAGCUUGUACAGUGGGACAGGCCCUUAAAUCUCUUUGACAAUCGGGACUAGAGAUCCAACAUCAAGACUGAAUGUUAUAUCAUGGUUUCAAACCCUGCUGUGUAGGUUGAGUAUUAAUCUAUCAAAUUUAAAGAUGUUGAGGCAGAACUAUUCUAUCAGAACAUAUCUGUGUAGGUACAUCGCAAUGUACACAUUAGAUUGUCCAACUCUGUUAAACCUUUUUUCCAUAGAGUGAUACAGCAUGGAAACAGGCCGCCCAGUGUAUUUCUUUUGGCCCACUCUGCCCAACUUGACCCAGCUACACUAGUCCCACAUACAGUAAUCGGCAUUCCACACAGAUGGUAUUUGUCUUGAAGCCAUCUUCAUUGGGUAGAUUGCGUAUCCCAGCCUGUGCAGAUGUGAUCAAGAGCCAAGAGCUCAUUGAUUGUCUGAGCAAAUUACACAAUCAAAAUAGCCAGCAACUAAAAUGCAGGAAGCAGUUGGAACCAAUGCAGAGAGAUGCACCACUGCAACUAAGAACUUGCAAUACAACUAAAGCUACUAAUGACUACCUUAGAGUCUUACUGAGCAACUGUAUGGGCUAAACGUGGGCAGGUGGGACUAGAAUAGAUGGGACAUCUUAGUCGGUAGAGGCAACUUGGGCCAGGGGGCCUGUUUCCAUAGUCUGCAACUCUACAACUUACCAGAAUGACAAACAAUUUCCAUAUCUUUGUUACAUGGGUUUUUGGAUUAUUUUGGAAUAUUUUUAUUCCACUUUUCCCCCACCUUUUGGUCAUUCUUUGAUGUGCUGAAAAUAUAUUUGAUAAUCCCAACAAAGUUGAAGUUAAUUUGUUUUAAUUUUUUUUUUCGCUUUGAUUUUCCUUAUCAAAUAAACUUACUUCAAAACCACGCGUUUUGAAACUAUUCUCUGGGUUUGUACAAAUUAGUAUGUUUAAUUUUAAUUUUGCUUAUAGAGUCAACUUUUCUAUUUCCCCUUCUGUUGUUAUCUGUAUUUCAGCAGGUGCUGAACUGUUUAUUUGCUGAGUUGCCUUUCAUGUCUACGUGGCCUUUGGUAGGUUUUGUAGACAAUUAUUGCUUGGAUGUAUGAACCAAGGGCAUUACAAAGUUAUUUCAUGGACCGUUUUUUUUUCUUUGGAUAAAGGUACCUGAAGAAUUUUGAUCACGGAAAUUCCAUAUCCAAAUUUCAAUUGCUCUGAAGGUUAUUGAUUGUCCUGAGUUGUGAUUAAUGACUGCUCAUUUCCACCUCAUAAAAGACAACAAUCAAAAUAUUACUCUGGAAAGAGUAUGUUUUAUGAUACCUGAUUAUUUAAGGCAUAUUUUAUUUAAAACGUUAGUUUCCCUCAAUUAUACCAAAUGUAAUAAACAUUGUAAUUUAAUAUUCUAACACAGCUACUUCAUUAAUCAAGUAGUUAAAGUGUAUAAAUGCCAAAAAAAAUGUAAGCCAUUUGUUACUACCAAAGAUUUGUGAAUGUUUGCUACAGUGCCCUUCAUAAUGUUUGGGACAAAGACCCAUCAUUUAUUUAUUUACCUCUUUACUCCACAAUUUGAGAUUUGUAAUAGAAAACAAAUCACAUGUGGUUAAAGUGCACAUUGUCAGAUUUUAAUAAAGGCCAUUUUUAUACAUUUUGGUUUCACCUUGUAGAAAUUACAGCAGUGUUUAUACAUAGUCCCCCCAUUUCAGGGCACCAUAAUGUUUGGGACACAGCAAUGUCAUGUCAAUGAAAGUAGUCACGCUUAGUAUUGUGUUGCAUAUUCUUUGCCUGCAAUGACUGCUUGAAGUCUGUGAUUCAUGGACAUCACCAGUUGCUGGGUGUCUUCUCUGGUGAUGCUCUGCCAGGCCUGUAUAGCAGUCAUCUUUAGCUUAUGCUUGUUUUGGGGGCUAGUCUCCUUCAGUUUUCUCUUCAGUAUAUAAAAGGCAUGCUCAAUUGGCUUCAGAUCGGGUGAUUGACUUGGCCACCCAAGAAUUAGCCAUUUUUUAACUUUGAAAAAUUCCUUUGUUGCUUUAGCGGUAUGUUUGGGAUCAUUGUCUUGCUGUAGAAUGAACCGCCAGCCAAUGAGUUUUGAAGCAUUUGUUUGAACUUGAGCAGAUCGGAUGUGUCUAUACACUUCGGAAUUCAUUAUGCUACUACGAUCAGCAGUUGUAUCAUCAAUGAAGAUAAGUGAGCCGGUACCCUCGGCAGCAUUACAUGCCCAGACCAUAACACCCCCACCACCGUGUUUCACAGAUGACGUGGUAUGCUUUGGAUCUUGGGCAGUUCCUUCUCUCCUCCAGACUUUGCUCUUGUCAUCACUCUGAUAUAAGUUAAUCUUUGUCUCGUCUGUCCACAAGACCUUUUUCCGGAAUUGUGGUUGCUCUUUUGAGUGCUUCUUGGCAAACUGUAACCUGGCCAUCCUAUUUCCGCGGCUAACCAGUGGUAUGCAUCUUGCAGUGUAGCCUCUGUAUUUCUGUUCAUGAAGUCUUCUGUGGACAGUGGCCAUUAGACCACUAAAGACUAGGUGCUGAGACCUCUCUUAUACCUGCAUUAAGGAGGCAAUUAAACACACCUGAGCAAUUACAAAGACCUGUGAAGCCAUGUGUCCCAAACAUUAUGGUGCCCUGAAAUUGGGGUGGGGGGGGGGAAACUACGUAUGAAAACUGCUGUAAUUUCUACAUGGUAGAACCAAAAUGUAUAAAAAUGGCCUUUAAUAAAAUCUGACAAUGUGCACUUUAACCACAUGUAAUUUUUUCUAUUACAAAUCUCAAGUGUGGAGUGUAGAGGCAAAUAAAUAAAUGAUGGGUCUUUAUCCUAAAUGUUAUGGAGUGUGCUGUGACUAUAUUGAACUUGUUGUCUAAUGAAGCCAGUGAGUUUAGAAGUACCAGCUAAGCAACUGUCUCCAGGCAUCCUACUGGAAUGAUUAUGCAAUGUACAGAAAAUAAACAUUUGUUAAUUCGUAUCGUUGAAGGCUGUAUGGACGUCUAGAAUGAUGGCAAGCUUAAAGGGCCUGUCCCACUAUUGCAACUUUUACAGGCGACUGCCGGCACCCGUGAUAAGUAGUCGAAAUUUUCAACAUGUUCAAAAUUCAUCGGCGACCAGAAAGACGUUAUGACUCUUUGGACACCUCUCACAACCAUAGGAGGCCCCUCACGACCAUACAGGCGACCCCUGGCGACACGUCGCGGAUGACCUCUCACGACCAUACAGCCUGUAUGAUCGUGAGAGGCCUCCUAUGCUCGUGAGAGGUCUCCAAAGAGUCGUAGCAUCUUUCUGGUCGCCGGGUGCAGCCAGUCGCCUGUAAAGGGCGCGAUAGUGGAAUAGGCCCUUGAAGAAUUAAGUCUGAAAAUUCAUUUCCGAAAUGAGACACAAAUCUGCAUAGGUAGACAAGAGACCGUGCAAGCUGGAAUCCUGAGUUAAAAAAACAAACUGUUGGAGGAACUCAACAGGACCGUUAGCUUCUGUCCCGACCCAAUACAUUGUCCAUUUCCUUCCACAGAUGCUGCCUGACCUGCUGAGUUCCUCCGGCACUUUUUUUUUCUUACACAUAUCUGCAUGGGCAGUUGUUUUUAACCAAACUAGACAAUUGAGCACCUGGAGUACUGGAUUAAUCAUUUGCAACGCUUCUGACAUUAAUAGAGUAUUUAAUUAUAUGAAAUGUUUUACGGUUCUGAGUUUUUACUGUUAUUAAUGUGCAGUAUUCAAAAGUUCUAACUUGACUAUCAUUGUAUAAGCAUUGUAUAUCAUUGAUAGAAACACUGAAUCCAUGAUAUCCCCAUUUGUUCAAACUGGCAUAAUUUGCACAGGAAAGACACACCAGUAUUUUUAUGCAGAUUGGUUGUCUACUGUUUUUUUAAAAUAAACUUCUCAACAGUUUUUAGAUGGGAGAGUUUAUUAGUGCUACUCGGGGAGUUGAUAACUAUGAACAUUUUUUAAUCUUGAAAAAAAGUUUACUGUUUAGUAUUUGAAAUUUUAUGUAAAAAAAAAACAAUUUUCAUUGUAAAUAAUUGUAUCAUGAAUGCCUUACCUUUGUUCAAAAUGUGUUGAAACAAAGUACAACUAAUUAAAAGUACAGUUUUUUUCCACAAAC